GGCCGGAAGGAUCGAUAAUUCCCUAGAGUUGAUGGGCGAUGGGAUGAUUGGGGAGCUUGUAUGGAUUGGUUGUUUAAGAGGCUGAAGUCCCCGUUUACCGGUUCGCGGUCGUGGUCGUGAACUUUUCCUCGCAAUUUUCCAAUUCUAUUGCUUGGUGUUGCUUGUUUUUGAUACCUCGUCAUCCGUACGAAAGGCGCAUCGACCUCCUCACAGGCGUCAUCGCACCAAAGAAGUACCUAAACACCACUAAGCUCGAUCAUCAGCGUCAUUGCUUCGACCAGCCACAGGCUCGAUUGCCUGUGACCCUAGCGACAGGUUCAGAACGGGUGCUGUGGAAUUGAUCGACAUUGUUGCUCCAGCAGAUUUACUCGACUGCAACCCACAAGAAAUCCCGUGUUCGCGGAGACAGAACAGAAAAAGCGGGAAAACGAGAAACGGGAAGACGGCAGCGAAAGAAACACGAGGUGUCCAGUUCCCAAACGAGUGGAGAGAUCUGGAUCGUCGAACGCUUGAUUGACAUUUCGCAACUUUUGCGCUGCAACCUCACAAACCGACGACGCCACGAGCGACGAAGAGCAGCGACUGAGAGGUUUAGCCACAGUAGCUAAGCCUGCCGCUACCUACCUAUCUGGCUUCGGCUGCUUCUAUUCUUACCAGCCAACGAAACGCUGUCGAGCUGGGUGCAGUUGAAACCACUGCCACCACCACCAAGAGAAAGAGGAGACAAGAGACACACUUGUGUGGACUCUCUUGAACUUUGAUGGGACCAUUUCGAUUGGCUCACAAUUCCCGUCAUCAACAUCCCUGUCGACCUCUUCGCCUUCGACACCUCCAUCGUAAUCGCCUCUGAACGGGUCGUUACAAGCCACCAGGACGAGGCCCGCCGCAUCAUCAGAAGAGGCAGCCCUCUUCACCAAAUUCAAGGUUAGCCUUUUUUCGAAGAGUUCCGACAGUGGCACGAACGGACAGUCAGCGACACCUUGAAAGCAUAAGGGAGCAAGUUGCACGUUGGAAGCCAAUUCCAGCAUAAGAAGGGUGAAAAAAAAGGAGGUAUUGCUUCAGUCAGCAGCACCGACCGGCCAGCGAACACUUGAUCGAAGCAUCCAUCGAGCCAAUACCACCAACAUCAGACAAUCUUGAAGAAAGUCGCAUUAAUUUUAGGACGCCGGCAUUGGACCAUCUCCCGCCAGCGCCUCAAGUUUAUUCGCCUCCAUUCAUCGCCCGCCGCUUGUUACAGUUACAGCGCACCCGAACAAGAGAAGGCAAAAGUCCAAGCUUCAGGGUCCAGUCCUCGACACUUCUCGACCAAUCACCUGCCGCUGGCCGCACCCGCCUGAGUCGAGACAGCCCAGACUCACUCACGUUCUCACAUUCUCACACACCAUCGAGAGAGUCUCACACAGCCCUGAACACAGUCGUUUUUUCAGGUUUUCUCACCUCACCAGUGUCACCACAGCCAACAGUGAGUGGGUGAGAGAGUGACAGACAACGACGUCCCCCCCUUUCCCUCGCGUUGCAUCGUCGGCCCCUGCCUCGAUUGGGACCUUUUUUCGUCGCAUGCAGGUACCUCGCCAAGCCCGCCCAUCCACGAAUACACUCGCACUCAAAUCUCACUCUCACUCUCACUCUCAAUCGCUCACUCAUUCUUUCGAAAGAGAGUGUGUAUUGUAGCUUACUCAUCCGACUCUGAGACGACGACGCCGUUGACGAACGACGAAAUCAUAAUCUCACAGACACACACUCACCCCAGGCGAGAAAAAACACUAAAAAAAGGAACGGCCCUUUCGUCAACCCAGUUUAAAUAAAAGAACAACUGAGCACACUCACACACACACAAGCUCUCUCUACUCCGUAGAGUGGUUGUUGCCAAUAAGCCGGGGCCCCUCCAAUCAUCUCUCCUACUGGAGCCAGAAAGCUACCUAAACGGCGAUCGUUCCGCAAGCCAGGGGCACCCCAAGCACCGCGCCCCCGUCCCGAACAGACAAUUCGAAUUUCUGCUACAAAGAAGCGCUUCAAGCCACACGCUUGACGCCCACGUUCCUGCGUCCAAGGCCCUGUGCAAUUGUGGAUUGUGGCCCAUUCGCCUCGUCUCGCUUCAUCGCCCCCCCAGUCGACGACCAUUGACCCAGAAAAAACGAGCCUGAGACUUCUGUCGUCCAAGCCUGAGAGCGACUCUGUGUGAAAGUCGUACCUGGACCUGGACCUGGACUUGGACCUGGACCACACCGUCACUUUCGACGCUACAACCACAACGCCAAUUCAUCUCAUCCGCCGCCGCCCCCCCUUCUUCUCCUUCGCCCUUUCUACCCGUACUCAACUUGCUUCUUUUUCUGCCACAAUCAACAAAACAUCAACUCAAAAGGCCUUACACAUCUUCCUUCCUGCCAAAGCCACCGCGCGCGAGACCACGACGACGUUCAUCCAACAAAGCAAUACUAUCACAAAUUGCAUUCGCCCCUGAGCGUCUACCAAACUCGCAUCAUCGUCGCGCAAGGAAGAAGCCUUCGCGCUUCGCAGAAGCAACAUGAGUGUCAGUGUUUCACCCCAACCCUCGCACUUCCGGUGUUUCGCCCGCCCGUCCUCGCCUUGUUCAACCCUCACUCUGCACGCUGCCCUGCCCUACCAACGUUGCAUUACGUCCUGUCGUCCUCGUGUCAAUCGCACGUUGCUGCGCUGCCCUUCCCUUCUCGAAGUCGAGAAAGUCCACCCGUUCCCGAUCCCGUUCCCGUUGCCUUGUCCGCACACUCUUCGCAAAGCCGCAACAUCGCAAACUUUGACUUCCUGCGAUCACCAACCUUUUUUGCACAUCAUCAUACUUGCUUCAGCCUGGUUGCGUUGCAUUUGCCCAUUUCGAUUGCUCUUCCUUGUUUACGAUUGACGCCUUUUUUCUUUACCCUUUCAUCCAUCCUACCUCCCCUAACCUAAUUGACCCGACCGUUCUUCCUGCCACCGAUAUUCGUCGAAGAAAACUAACAUAAUGGCGCAGUACGGGUAUGUUUCUCUCUCCCAUGGAGCCGACGGGACACACGACGACGAGUACGACCUCUCCGAACGCGGAAUACUGACAGACGAGCAUAGAUACGGUGGUCGUCAAAACCCCUUUGACCAGCGGGACGAUGGUCCCGGUGGAGGAUACGGAGGCGGAGCUCCUGCCAGAGGUCCUCCUCAGCAGGGCUUCGGCUCGGGACCUUCUCCCUACGGCGGUGGUGGAAACAGAGGAUACAACCAGGGACCAGCUAUGGGCGCCAACGUCGAGAUGGAAUCCCUCGCCCAGAACGCCAGCGGCUUCGGCCAGUCAUCGGAUCCUAACGCCAUCCUGAACGAGUGCCGAUCCAUCGACCAAGGAAUCGACGAGAUUGAGGCCAACCUGAACCAGCUGCGCAUGCUGCAGGAGCGUACCCUGACCGAUGCCGACACAUCAGCAAACUCAUCGACGGUCCGCCAACUCGACGCCCUCUCCUCCGAGACGAUGACCCUGUACCGCGGCCUUACCGAUCGCGUGCGCCAAGUCAAGUCCUCGCCCGAUGGCCAGUCUGCCAGAAACUCGCCGCAGGUCGGCCGUAUCGAUCGCCGCCUGAAGGGUGCUAUCCAGCAGUACCAGCAGGUCGAGUCGGCCUUCCGCAAGCGUACCCAGGACCAGAUGGCCCGCCAGUACCGUAUUGUCCGACCCGAUGCCGACGAGCGAGAGGUUCGCGAGGCGGUUGAGGAUGCUGGUGCCGGUGCCCAGAUCUUCCAGCAGGCCGUGAUGCAGAGCGGUCGCCAGGCCCAGGCCAAUGCCGUGCUCAACGCCGUGCAGGAUCGCCAAGCCGCCCUGCUGAAGAUCGAGCAACAACUGAACGAGCUCGCACAGCUGUUCCAGGAUAUGGACACAUUGAUUGUGCAGCAAGAGGCCGCCGUUACGCAGAUCGAGCAGAAGGGUGAGGAGGUCGUUGAGAACCUCGACAAGGGCAACCAAGAAAUCGGAACCGCAAUUACCACCGCCAAGGCGACCAAGAGGAAGAAGUGGUGGUGCCUGGGUAUCUGCGUCCUUAUUAUCAUUAUCAUCGCUGUCAUCGUUGCCAUUUACUUCGCCAUUAUCAAGCCCGGUCAGGCUGCUCCGGCUCCCGCCACCACCGCCCGCGCGAAGCGCAACAUUGGCAUGCUCGAGCUGCCCGACUUCUCGAACUCGGUCCCUGUCGAUACUGGCGCCGCUCACCCUCAGAUUCUGAAGACAACGAGCCGCAUCAUGCGCCGCAUGGUUCAGCAGGGAGCUACCUGGGAGCCGACCGCCACUGUGCAAGACUCAGCUGUCGUCGCCCGCUUCGGCGGCAAGGUCGACAUGCCUGCUGUCCGCAACUAGACGGCCCAUCGUAUUAUUCCCGACUCUGUACAAAAUACCCAUCAUACCGCCUUUAUCCACCGCCUCAUAACGCACUCGAGGCUUCUCUAACACCACCAGUAUACCGUCCCUCCGACUCGACGUCUAGAUUGAUUUCUCACUACCAUUACCAAUUAAGAGCUUCUCGCCGCUUUUUAUAGACGGACGGAUUAUAUGGAAGGUUAACUUCAUAUCUCUUUUUGCUGCUGGGUAAGGGGGAAACCAAACACGAAAAUUGAGGGGGAAAAGAGUCCUGCGGAGCCCAGGUCCCCAGGCCAAAGCAAAAGUGGACUACACACUUGUUUCGUAGGGUGUUUUUGUAUACCCAUAACCAGACUUUCUUUACUUGUUCAACCAAAACCAUCCGUGCUUCCCCUUUUUCUUGUGUUGCGUCUUGGAUUCGAAAGGUUCUCCUUUUUUUCGGAUUCUUCGAGAGGAGGCGAAAGCUAUCGAACACACUUGUGCGGGCGUUUUCUUAGCUAGCUACCUUUUACCUGCGACUCUGAUCGUUGUGUGCCUCCUUUUUUAUAGUUUUAUUUGUUGCAUUAGGGGCGUUGGCAUGAGUGGUUCGUAAAUAUAGUCACCUUUUUUAAACUUGACGCUUUUAAUACUUGGAUGGCUUUUAACUUGGUGAUGUUUCCAUGGGAUGUUGUUGUCGUGGUUCCGCAAAACUGUGGUCAACUUUGAGUCUAUGCUAUUUGUGAGGUUACCUGUAUAUACGAGCUGAACAAGGGUUUGGUGCCCUUGUCAAGAUAAAAUCGCAGCGAUAGAACAUCCGA